UAACGAGCAGCAGUGUGUGAAUGUGGCAGCCGAGGUAGACAGGGAGGGGUAGAUAGAGUGACCACACCGGGCUUUUUGUCUUUUUUCCUUAUUUUUCUUUUCUUGCGGAACCGAGUGUUUAUAGUUUACAUCCCGCCGCGGUUGUAAACUUGUUUGUGGGGCAGAAAACCGGGCCGCCGCUGCUUUUCUCCGGGACUAACGGCUGUCGUUGUGAAAACAGUCCAGAAGAAAGAAGGGAGACGGAGAAACAACAUGGGGCGAUAAUAAUAAAAAAGGUGUUGUGAGCCGACGAUGACUCUCUGGGAGGACCCGUGAAGCUUAUUUAUUUUUAUUUAUCCCCCCCCUCUUCCCUUUCCCUUGUCUUUUGUUUUAUUUUUAAAAUCUCUCCUCCCCUUGCUAGUUUGGGAGACAGUUUUUUUUUUAAAGCAAAAGGGACCGGGACACGUUACGAGAGGACCGAAGGAUGGACCAAGCCGGUAUCCUGAGAAAGUUUAUCCAGGGGGUGAGGACCAUGAGCGAGGGGGACGAGGAGAGGGGAGAGGACAACUUCGGCAGCGACUUUAUGCGGUUACGGCGGUUAUCAACCAAGUACCGGACAGAGAAGAUCUACCCCACCAACAUCGGAGAGAGGGAGGAGAAUGUCAAGAAGAACAGAUAUAAAGAUAUACUUCCAUUUGACCACAGUAGGGUGAAGCUGGCAUUAAAAACAACCAAUCAGGACACAGAUUACAUCAAUGCUAACUUCAUUAAGGGUAUGGAUGGCCCAGAGGCCUACAUUGCAACUCAGGGCCCACUGCCAAACACUGUCAUCGACUUCUGGAGGAUGAACUGGGAGUACAAUGUAGCUGUUAUUGUAAUGGCUUGUCGAGAAUUUGAGAUGGGAAGGAAAAAAUGUGAGCGGUAUUUCCCGCUGCUCAGGGAGGAGCCCAUGAGUUUCGGCCCCUUUAGAAUCUCCUGUGAAUCAGAACAGACCCGAACAGACUACUAUAUCAGGACGUUGGUGGUGCAGUAUGAAAAUGAAACUCGGAGAAUAACUCAGUUCCAUUAUAUAAACUGGCCAGAUCACGACGUCCCCUCAUCAUUCGACUCCAUACUGGACAUGAUUGGACUAAUGCGAGAAUACCAAGAGAAUGACGACGUCCCUAUCUGUGUGCACUGCAGUGCAGGCUGUGGGAGGACGGGUGCUAUCUGUGCUAUCGACUACACAUGGAACCUCCUCAAAGCUGGGAAAAUUCCAGAAGAUUUUAAUGUUUUCCGGUUGAUCCAAGAGAUGAGGACACAGCGACAUUCUGCAGUUCAAACAAAGGAGCAGUACGAGUUAGUUCACAGAGCAAUUGCUCAGCUUUUUCAGAAACAGCUACAGCUGCUGGAGAGUCCCACCAACACGCAGAUACACGAUGGCAUGGAUGAAAGCAGUCUGGACAAAGCAAGCCACCAGUCAAAUGAUGAAAGAUGGGACACUCCACCUCCAAAACCUCCCCGUAUACGCAGCUCCCUGGCAGAAGGUGACGUUAAGGAGGAGAUUCUUCAGCCCCCGGAGCCUCACCCAGUACCUCCCAUUCUGACCCCGUCUCCCCCCUCAGCCUUCCCCACCGUCACCAACGUACGGCAGGACAACGACCGCUACCAUCCCAAACCUGUCAUACACGUCCUCGCUACGGCACAGCACAACGUGACACAGAAAAAGGACACGGACCAGCAGCAGAACCAGUCAGAGCCCAGUCCAAACAAGCAGACCAGCCCGUCGGAGCAGAAAGACCAGGACCUGCUAAGCCGUAAGCAGCAGACUCAUGUCUCAAAUCUGGAUCUCAAUGACAACUACAACAACAAAUUGUCUUCAACAUCGACAAAGUCCGAAUCAGGCCAAAGCCAAACUCCCUCGUCGCCCCUCUCCCCCGUCGUUGAAUGUUCUGGUGCUCCUCGGAUCGAGAGGAAGCUCAGCAUUGAGAUUAAAAAGGUGCCGUUGCAGGAAGGACCUCGUAGCUUUGACACCUCCUCCUCCAUGGGAGUAGCGAGCGGCACCAGUUCAAGCAAUAGCAGCUGCGCUCUGCAAAGAGGCCACGCUUUCAAAGCUCGCUCUGGUCAGUCCCUGCUGACGUCCAGCUCCUCGCUGUCGGAGGAUUCGGGCACUGAGGGAGGAGCAGGAGGAUGUGGGGAGAGUCAUGCAGAUGGAGGCGUCCUGACCAGACCGAACCACCUCCCUGUGAAGAGCAGCGAGAAGAGCGACGCUCAGGGAGGAGACCUGAAAGCCGGCCACGCAUCCUGGACUCAGCCCUGCAACAGCCCCGAAAAACUCUUCCCCAAGACCUCCUCCUCCUCUUCCUCCUCGGACCGUGUCGCUCCAUCCUCCUCUUCCUCCUCCCACCUCUCCUCCUCUUCCUCCUCCUCCUCCACCCCUGUUAGGACUGCCCUGAGCUUCACCAACCCCCUGCACUCGGAUAACUCCGACGAGGAGGGGAACGGAGAGAUGUCUGGAGGAAAGGAGGGAUACCGUACAAGUGUAUCCACGGCAACGGCCAUGGUAACCACACCCCCCCACCAAGGAGACCAGCAGCUGGUCAGGAAGGUGUUGCCUUUGUCACUUGCUGGACAGAGCACGCCGUCACCCUCUGCAACUCCAACAAACUGCUGGGACAGCGACGACUCCCCUCCCCCCCUCCCUGAGAGAACCCCCGAGUCCUUCAUACUGGCCACAGACCCUUUGGACAUGAAAACGUCCGCCUCAGCCGAAUGGAGCAGUUCACAUAAAGAUGUGUCAGAUUGUGUCAACAAGACAUCUCCAGCUGACCCUGCAUCUACUGGCACCACAGCAACAGACAGCAAGGCAGAGCUCGGUGGGGUUCGGUAACCGCUGCAUUCAGCCCAAAGGCCCUCGAGAACCCCCCCUGGAGUGGACAUGAUGGAACAAUCCGUCUUCCCGCCCGCCCUUGUCAGGAAAUGGACUCUACCGAUCUCACCUGGCUGGUCCAAAAACCAAGUUGAUAGAUGCCCUGCAGACAAACAGCACAUAUUUACACAGAACCUCCUUCUGUGUAACUCUGUGCCUCUUCAUCUACUCUUCCUCCUCCUUCAAAGUGCCACUGUGCAAAGCCGGACAGUUACCGCUUGAGAGACUCGCCCAUUGUAGAACAAAGCUCACGUUUUCCUCCUCAGCUCGCUGAUGGCAGAGGGUUUCUCUAGAUGCUGACCGUGGAUCAGUCUGGCUAUUUUCCUUUUUAAUGGUUAAAGCAUAAUUCCUGUGUUUUCAUUGUUUUUGGCCACUUAAGAUUAAACUAAGAAAGGGUCUAGUUCUCUCCCUGAACUAUAGACACUUCAAGAAAAUUGUCCUUUCUUUGGCUAGAAGAGAGAUGUAGGUGUGACUCUUAAUAAAAAGUGUUCAGCUUGAAUGCGUUUCAUGCCAAAUCAGAAGAAAGUAUCCUUUUUGUUCAAAUCAGGAAUUGUCUUUAAUCAGAAAAUCUACUGUGGGAGGCGAGAGAUUUAACUAAACUCCCAGAAGUUGUCUGCUGCCUCCUACUGAAUGAACAACAAUCUUCAAAGCGAACUUAGAUAAUCUGUUACCCAUGAUGCAACCUUUUCUGUUGGAUAUGUACAGGUUGCCAGGGUGCUCUCUCUCUCUCUAUCUCUUUAUAAUCUCUCUCUCCCUCUUCCUAUGUGCUGGUGCUACAUUACAAAGGAUCAGCAUAGAAACAGAAGUGCUAGAACUGACUGUUACCAACAUUCACCCGUUCCUCACCUUUCCCAUAGGAUUUACUCCUGUGUUAGCUGAAGUAAUACCAGCUCUAGUAUUUUAAAUUUCUAUGCUUUGAGUCAUGGGCUAACACAGUUUGGUCAUUGCAAUCUUCAGUCAAACAGGCUGUGUGUGUGUUUUUAGGGGAGAUAUGUAGCUGGAGCCAGUAGGUAGUUACCUUAAUUUACACUGGUUUUUCCAGUUUUCAUUCUAAGCUAACAGGCUGCUUUGUGUUUACUAUACAGACAUGAGAUUUCUCAGCAAGACAGAAAAGAAAUGCGUUGUUUGUGUUAAACAUCUGCUCAUACCGUGGCAGUGGAUAGGAGACCAAAGAGCAGUGUUCCCUCUCAAAUAAGCUAAUCUGAAUCAUUUUUCGGAGGCCCAGCUAGUAGGAAAAUCAGAAGGGACGUCAGUUGUGUAGAGGAAAUAUGUCUGUUCUUUUUCUGAUCAGUGUCAUGACCCUCAACUCUGAAGACUCUGGCCCCCAAAAUUUCUACAUUUUCUGUUCUUUAUUGGAAUCACAUCAGAGGUGACGUGACUUUAAAGACGUCGGUAAUGACCAAACUGGUCAGCUCUGUGACUCUCACUCUCACUGCUGCGACCAUGAGCCUGCCUUAGUCUGCCUCUCAGAGAAGACAGCCAAUGACAACCCUCCUUAAUUUGUCUUCUCCUUCGACUUCUUUUCUCUUUGUGUUUCUGGCUUCUCUCGGUCUUUACUUCAGACUCCUUUUCGCUGUUUUUUUUUUUUUUUUUGUUUAUUUGUUUUGUUUUGCUGUUGUCGUCUUUUCUUUCCGUUCUCUCGUUGGUGAGGCCCUCAGAUGAACAACCGUGAGAGUUUUUAAUUUCAGCAGCUCACCUCAGUGUUUCGGAGUAUGAAUGUUACACAUAACCUGAAACACUUGAAAUCUGAAACCUGGGACUCGACACGUUCACCGCUCCUCUGAACACCGGACUUGUUUUGGUUUCUCAUCUGACAGCUUGUUGUUCUUUCACCUGCUUCUGAGACAAUGAUCCAACAAGACAACAGCAGCUUAGGGACCCAGGACUACUGUUUUAUCCUUUUCCUUAACUUCUCCUUCAUUAGCUACCAUAACUAUAUAGUAUAUGCAUUGUUUUAUAAAGAUAAAGAACUGUACAGGGCAGUUUAGGUAUAUAAUAUUUCAGAUGUUUUUUGGUUUUUUUUUGCUAUCUCUUAAAUGUUCCUAUUAACAGAAGAUGUAAGAAAGUCAGUGCAUGAUGAUGAUGAUGAUGAUGAUUCCUCCCCUCUACACAAUGUUUUUCCUUCAAACUGUAAAUUAUUCUGCUACCCUUUUGUUUUUGCUUCCGGCAAAUAUUUCAGGGUUGUUUUAUUUUUAUGUUCGAAUUAUAUGCUUAACAGAUUGAGGGAAAAAAAACAAAACAAAUAUUGUUUUAAUUGGUUGGCAGAGGAAAAGCGUAGACUGCCAGCCGGCCCCCUUUCAGAUAACUACAACAGGCUCUGAAUAAGAUUGUAAUAAUAAUAUUGAUGAUGAUGAUGAUAAUAAUAAUAAUAAUAAUAAUAAUAAUAAUAAUAAUAAUAAUAAUAAUAAUGGUCGUUUUUUGUAAAUGGUAUUUUAAAAGUUAUUUUUGUAUACGCGGUUGUUUGUUGCGUCACAAGUCCACUGCCCAACCCCGACCUGAAACCCCGAUUUCUCUCUUCUCCCGUCUCUUUCCAUGUUUUUCAUUUUAUUUAGUUUUUUCUUUUUGCUCUUUCAGUAAAAACUUACAACUGAGAUGGAGCAUUUCUUGUUUUUCUCUCCUCUUGCUUCCUUCUUACUUAACUUGCUGCUUUCUUUCUUUCUUUUGACAAAACACAAAAGAAGCGACAGUCUUUUUAACUUUCUCACUUGGUUUGCCUCCAUCUCUUUCUCUUUUUCGCCCCCUUCAACCCUCUAUCCUCAUCCACCCACCCACCUACCUCCCCCACACUCAAACUAGCCUCGAUCUCAGAAAAGAGCCCACCUGUGCCUUUAAGAGAGAGCCCGCCCUCCCCUGCUCCCCUGUCCUCCAAUCAUCAUUAGUGGCGUGAGCGACGUGAUUCGCUGCUGCUUGCUCAUCACCUCCUGUGGGACUCUCAUUCAGCCACGCCCUCCUGCCCCCUCCUCCCCUCACACAUAAACACACACAUGCAAACACACACACCCACACACAAUGUUUGUAUGUUGCAGAAAUCAAUCAGUAAAAAUGAACAUUAAGUAAAGACAA